CGGGCCCCGCGGCCCCCGGCAGGCGCGGGCCCGUACGGCCGGACAUGGGGCACGGGGAGGCGGAUUCGCCGCCGGCGGCAGAGAAGAAAGGGGCGGAGGAGGAGGAGGAGGAUGAUUUCGGCUACCGGCUCUUCCCGGACCGGAAUAAGAAGCCGCAGAGCUUCCUGGUCCGCAGCCUCUUCACCUUCCACAAUAAGUGCCAGCUGAUGCUGAGGCUCACCCUGGAAACGAAUCCAUAUGCUCGACUUCUUCUUGAGGCUCUGAAGCAAUCUGGUUGCACUGUCUUCCAUGACCGUCACUUUUCUUGUGAAAACUGUGAUGGCUGUGUCGGUGGAGGUUUUGAUGCUGCCACAUCUCAGAUUGUUCUGUGUCAGAACAACAUUCGCCGACAGUCCCAUAUGAACCGGGUGGUCACACAUGAAUUGAUUCAUGCAUUUGAUCACUGCCGUGCACAUGUUGACUGGUUUAAAAAUGUCAAACACUUAGCAUGUUCAGAGAUUCGAGCUGCUAAUCUCAGUGGAGACUGUACUUUGAUGAAUGAAAUAGCCAGGUUUAAAUUUGGAUUGAAAGGGCACCAUCAGACUUGUGUACGAGACAGAGCAAUUCGUUCCAUUCUGGCUGUUAGAAAAGUUAGCAAAGAAACAGCAGAAAAAGCUGUGGAUGAAGUUUUUGAUGCCUGCUUCAAUGAUCUGGAACCUUUUGGAAGAAUCCCACAUAGCAAGGCAGAUGCAAAACGUGCUUACAGAGACUUUCAGAACAGAGAUCGCUAUACUGCUAAUUUGUAAGGGUGGGUGAGAAAUUACAUUAAUGCCUGAUUGUUCAAUAACAUCUGGAGUUGCAGUCUAUGCCCACAGUGCACGUGGAAAGGGCAAAUCUAUCAAGCGUAUUAAUUAAUUUUUUAGACAUUUUUUGUGAGCCAUCUUCCAUGGAAGUAAAUGGGGUAAAUGAACAAGACUAAAAAUGGUGCUUGCUCACCUGUUAUUCCAGAAAGAUUAUUUAGUAUGCCAAAUGACUCGUCAAAUACAAUGCAAUGUGCUUUUUUCACUCUGACUGACUGGGACUUGGUUUUUGAAAUUUUGUUGCCAUUGAAUAAAUCUUUCCAUUAAAUCUU